AUGAUCUCAUCCAACGACAAGAUGACACUGAAGGACAACAAAGAGAUCGCCAGCUUUCUGGUCACCAAACACUCCUGGAAGGGAAAGUAUGCCAUCACUGGUCCCAAGAGGUAUAAAAGAGUGCUAACCAUCGGAACAGUUGGCAUAUCGACGCAUAACCUGUCAUCGAUGGAGUGCACCAACUCGUGGCCGUACACCGAAGUGGUGAACGUGUGGCCAAUCAUACCGAAGAGCCAGUUGUCUCCGUCGGGCACCGGACCCACUUUGACCACUGGAGGCAAUGAACUCUUUAACCUAACGUUUCGCAGACGCAAAACAGAGUCAAUGAAGUUCUCCUCCGAAUACCGAAGUGAUAUCAUAUCAACAGCUCUUCAGUUUCGGCACAAGUUUGUCGAUCCAAACUAUCCGACCAUCGGAUCCAUGACAAGCGAGUCGACCAAAUUUAAUUGUCAUAAACACCACUGGUCUGACCGUAAGCUCGGCGUCACUCUGGAGGUGGGCCUCUAUUGUGUCCAUCAAAUCGAUACAAUCAGUCAACGAGUGAUCGCCAGUUAUUUCUACAAAGAUAUCGAAAACUUGAUAACAGUGUCCGACUAUUCGGGCGGGUUUUGCAUCUCUUACGGCACUUCAAAACGUCUUCAUGUGUUUGAUUGCGACCAAAGGGACGAACUGUUGCGGAGGAUCUGCGACAUCGCCUGGAAUUGUGUGGGAGUUGUGCUUCGGGUGAAGAAGGAGUCCAUUAGUUUAGACCAAAUUCAAAGCCAACGCUUUGGCCGAUACAGUGACGACGACUCCAUCACAUCGUUGUUUGAGUUCAACGUCCAUAAGAUUAGUGCCCGACACCAGUCGGAGCCAAUCAAACGCAUUCUGUGUUUGACGGACACAUGUUUAGUGGAAAGGGAUCCCAAUUCUUAUCUUAUCGUAACGUUAAGACCGUUGAGUGAUGUCUUUGCUUUGAUCAGAGAGACGGCAAAUCCGCAAAUGUUUUCCAUUGAAUACAUUAAUGGAGACAUUCGUAGCUAUAGCUCGACAGAUAGGGAUGCGUUUCUGGCCUCCAUUAUGGACGGCGUCCGCGCGUCCGGUAAUAUCGACGUUCACGUGAAGAUGAAUCACAGCCAAAGAGCCCAUCGAUUGACUCCAUAUUACGCACGAGUGGACGAAGAGGUGGAGAGCCAGCACUUGAAGUUUCUCCAAACGCCUCCCAGUCAUUGGACAUUCAAUGAGGCGAUCAUCCGAUUCAACGCCAACUGUUCCUAUAGUGGACUCACACAUAGUGUCACUCAAGACGGACUCUUUGCCGAGAAUAAGGAGAAAAUGAUUUUUAACGCUUUGGCCGCUUUUGCCGACAGAGAUGGCGAACAUAACGAGACCAGUGAUCAACACUUAGAGCAACAGUUUCAGACACUUCGACGAUUGGUUGCCUCAAAAGCUGGCUUUUCGUCGUUUACGGCAAAUCCGAGAUUCAGAGAGUGUUUGGGACUAAAAGUGGUCCGAAGUCUGAAGCAAAAUAACGAUAAUGUGAUUCAUUCAGCUAUUGAUAUGCUGUGCGCUCUGAUGCAGCCGAUGCACGACGACUACGAUUUACGUCAGGAACAGCUAAACAAGAGUUCUCUCCUGUCGUCGAAGAGCUUUCUGGAGAGCCUUCUGGACGUAAUGAAGCUUCACGUGGAUAGAGGCACCGGCGCUCUCGUCGUCUCAUCGAUGCUCGACUUCUUGACGUUUUCGUUGUGCGCGCCGUAUAGCGAGACCACAGAUGGCGGACACUUUGACACACUGUUGGAAAUGGUUGCCGCUUACGGACGACCCAUAUUCCGACUCUUCCAACACCCGUCGCUGGCGAUAGUGAAAGGCGCGGGACUCGUGAUGAAGGCUCUCAUCGAAGAGGGAUCGCCUGAGAUAUCGGCCAAAAUGCAAGAGUUGGCUCUCGCAGAGGGAGCGCUCCUCCGACACGUUCACAUCGCUCUCUACUCGUUCUCAGCCGACGGCCGUUUCCUUCCCGUCCAACAGUUGUCCCGUCAUUUGGUGAGCCUUUGGACGACAGACAAUGAGGUGGCGUCGGCACUGCUUCGGCGAGUGAUUCCAAUCGGACUUUUGAAUUACUUGGACUCAACCGAAAAGCCACCCAAAGAUGCCAUUAAUAGCCUUUUAGUUAGAGAUAAUCUAAAGUUAGCACAAAAUCAUUCGCUCAAAAACACGAGCCGUUUGGACGCCAUUAGAGAUAUUCAUUCGUCGGUUCGCGUAAUCGAAAGACAUUUGGAGAAUGUUUUUCAACACUGGAGACAAAGAAUAGGAAUUUCUAAGAAAGAGGACCCGAAAGCACUCAUACGACCAGUUGUUUUGAGGAAACGACGGGAACGGGUGAAGCCGACCGCCAAUUGGAAUCUAUUGUACUAUCAGUUCCUCAAAGAUCACUCCAAACCUGAUCUCAUCUGGAAUUAUAAGACACGGGAAGAGUUGCGCGAUUCGCUGGAAAAUGAAAUGCGAAUAUUUAUGUCCGACAAAGAGUUGUGCGGAAAUCAGUCCAUCUCUUGGAAUCAUAACGAGUUUGAAGUCCAAUACCAGUCUCUCAACGAAGAGAUUAAAAUUGGUUUCUAUUAUCUGAGAUUACUUCUAGAGGAAGAUAGUGCCAGCGGUGAGUCUAAUCUAACGGACAGACUCUUUAUUAAGAAUCCCACUGAAUUCUUCAGCGACCUCUACCACCGAUUCUUGUUGACCACAAAGUCGGCGAUGAAGGGGUGUUGUCUUCAGGCGAUGUCUAUUGUUUAUUGUGCUUAUAGUGAAGAAAUCGGUGCCUUUAAUGACACGAAAUUUAUUGUUUCGAUGUUAGAGAGAACUUCUGAUAAAACAGAAAGGGAUCGACUCUUGAUCUUCAUCUCAAAACUCAUUGUCAAUCAGCGAAACGCCAAAGAGUUCAUCGAUUCUGGAGGCGUUCGCGUAUUGAUUGAUUUGCUCACAUUAGCACAUCUCCAUCUCAACAGAGCCACAGUUCCCACACAAACCAAUGUCAUCGAAGCGUCGCCUGAAAUCAUGGCAAUGGGCUCUUCGGAGAAGGAGUGGUAUAUCGGAGACGCGGAGCGGGAAAAGAAAGGUCCCUUCAGUUUCAUUGAACUCAAAGAACUCUGGGCUAAGAACACAGUGAUUAGUCCGAAGACAAAGUGUUGGGCGCAGGGACUCGAGGGCUGGAAACCAUUGAUACACAUUCCGCAACUCAAAUGGACACUAAUUGCGGCCAAUAAUCCGCUUUUAAACGAAAGCGAACUUUCAGUACUUAUAUUAAACAUUUUGAUCAAAAUUUGCGAAUUAUAUCCGAGUCGUGAUUCAGACAACGCUAUCGUCAGACCUCUGCCUAAAGUGAAACGAAUUUUGUCCGAAUCAACAGUUUUGCCACAUAUUGUCCAACUGUUGCUAACAUUUGACCCGACGAUUGUCGAGAGAGUGGCCACACUCUUAUCACUUGUAAUGCAAGACAAUCCACUGUUGCCGCGUCUUUACCAAACGGGUCUGUUUUACUUCAUUCUGAUGUACACGGGAUCUAAUUUGUUGCCAAUCGGUCGACUCCUUCACAUCAGUCACAGCGUACAGGCGUUCAAAGCUGAAGACGCGGCCGCAAACGCGUCGAUACUUCAGCGAAGCGUUUUGGGUCAGCUGUUGCCCGAAGCCAUGAUCUGUUAUCUGGAGAAUUACGGACCCGAAAAGUUUGCGCAAAUAUUUUUGGGUGAAUUCGAUACUCCAGAAGCCAUUUGGAGUACAGAAAUGAGACGACUCAUGAUCGAGAAGAUCGCCGCACAUAUCGCCGACUUUAGUCCCCGUCUCCGGUCCAACACCAGAGCCUUAUAUCAAUACUUACCGAUACCUCCCAUUCAAUACCCACAGCUCGAGUACGAGCUCUUCUGUAAUAUAUAUUAUUUGAAAAACUUAUGUGAUAUCAAUCGGUUCCCCGAGUGGACCAUCAAAGACCCGGUGCAGCUCUUGCGCGAUGUGCUCGACCUCUGGAAAGUGGAGAUCGAGAAGAAGCCCAACUCUAUGUCCAUCGAAGACGCGUACGAAGUGUUGGGUUUGGGCCGCAAUUUCAAUGACGGACAGGUCGGCGGCGAUAACGGCGAGAAUGCCAUACGAAAGGCAUACUUCAAACUCGCCCAACAGUUCCAUCCGGACAAGAAUCCCGACGGUAGGGAUCGGUUCGAAGAAGUGAACAAAGCCUAUGAGUUUUUGUGCAGCAAAAGCGCCCGCAAUAAGUGCAACGGACCCGACCCUCAAAACAUAACACUCAUACUGAAAGCCCAAAGUAUUCUCUUCAGCCGUUAUUCAGAACCAUUACAUCCGUAUAAAUACUCCGGUUAUCCGAUGCUAAUCAAGACAUUGAAAUUGGAGACAUACGACGAGCAGCUCUUCUCGAAGCCCUAUCCGCUGUUGCCGUACGCCUGCGAAACCGCCUUUUAUACCGUCAACUGUUCCGCACUCAACGCCGAAGAGCUUCGUCGCGACGGCGGACUUGAGAUACUGCGCGACGGUUUCACUCGAUGUGUGUCCGUAUUGUCCGCGUCCUCGAAGUUGACCGACGUUUCGGUGGAGGUUUGCGUACAUAUCGUCCGGUGCUUUACUGUGAGCGCGUCGUUCCCCACGUGUCGCCAACGCCUGUCCGAAAUGCCGUCAGUGGCCAGAGAUAUCUGUCGUAUUCUUUAUUACAAAAACCUGACAAAAGUGUGUUUAGUGGCCGUCGACUGUGUGGCCGCCUUCUCAGCCGACCCUAACCUUCAGCUCCAACUCUUCAAAUCUGGUGCUCUCUUCAGUUUACUAUUAUUUCUAUUCAAAUACGACUUUACAUUAGAAGAGGGAGGCGUGGAGUCGAGCGAAGAGUCCAAUCAACAAGAAGUGGCCAAUCAAUUGGCGAAAUCGAGUUUAAUGGCUUCCGCCAGAAUUGCCGAAGACUUGUCUUCUAAAUCCGAUUCUCUUGACUCACAAUUAUAUCCAUUGAUACGCCGCUCAACGCUCUGUCUGUUAACACCGUAUUUGGUCCGACAGUUGGGUCUUACGAGUACUACAGAUGUAUUAAAAACAUUAAACAGUAAUAUCGAGAAUCCAUACCUCAUUUGGGAUAACUCUACGAGAGCUGAACUGACGGACUAUUUGGAGACUCAGGAAAGAGAGACAAUGAGAAGCGGCGAAUGUCCCGACACUUCAUACGGCUCUACAUUUGAGUUCUCGAGCCAUAAGGAAGAGCUAAUUGUCGGCGAAAUAUUUGUCCGCAUUUAUAACGAACAGCCAAUGUUUCCAUUAGAAAACGCCAAAGGAUUCACCAUUGAUUUGAUUGACUACUUGGGCUCUCAGGCCCAAUACCUUCAGUCGGCGCUCAAUCUGGUCUCGAACUCCACCGGAAGCGUAAACAGCGAUCGCAUGAAAAACAUUAAGAUGUGUUUAUUAGCGCUCAAUAACGUAAUCGUUCACAACAAUGGCGUUGAGAUGCAAUGCAUCGGACACUUCAAACUGCUCUUUAGUUUAUUACGUUUGGAUCAAAUGUCAGACUUGCAGACACUGGCCGUCAAUGUAAUCGCUAGUGUUUCAGGUAAUCAAGAGUGCGUUCAGGACAUCGCCUCCAGCGAAGUAUUGGUCUAUUUAUUAAUGGUUUUGCGGCCGACUUCACAACAAACCGAUGAUUUCAAUAAACAAUUGGCAGUUUUGACAGCACUUACGCCUCUUAUGUUUAACACUCGACUAAUCAAAGAGGCGUUAAGUAAGGGAGCGAUCCUUUAUCUGUUGACGCUAUACACGAGUUCCGCUAAUUUUGAAGUGCGAGAAAAGUCGGCCGAACUGUUGUCCAAAAUGACGAGCGAUAAGUUGAAUGGACCGCGAAUUAAGUUAGUUUUGUCCAAAUUCUUGCCCUUACUAUUCAUCGACGCCAUGAAAGACUCGCCACAAACCGCUGCCAAUUUGUUUGACGGAACCCAAGAGAAUCCGGAACUCAUAUGGAAUGAUUCGGCGCGCGAUUCUGUUUGCCAAACGCUGACCAAAAUGUGUGAACAACUGUAUAACGAACAGAUCGGUAACCCAUCCGCUGUAUGGAAGAUACCCAACGACUUUGAGCUUAAAUUGCCCGUUGGUUUCGGCGAAUAUGUGAUCGCAGGCGUAUAUCUGCGGCUAUACGUCCAGAACCCGAGUUGGGUCGUCAGGAAACCCAAAGAGUUUCUGACGGAACUGUUGGACAGCGCGAAGAUACUCAUGGAAAAGGAAGAACAAACCCAGGUCGAGAAGUUAGAUCUGGUAACGCAUGCCAUUACGUGUCUAUUACAGGCACAGUCAGCUCUGUUAGACUCGGUUCCAGCCAUGGGUCACAUCCAGGCAUUUGUCAAUAGCCUGUCCAACAAACGCCACGAAGCGAUUCCUCGAAGUUGUCUCCAAAUUCUUCGACAGUUCGCCGAAAACCGGACGUGUAUUGAAACGAUGAUUGGCUGUAAAUACCUAUUGACUCAAGUAUUCUUCGUUAUCAAGACUUACGAAUCGCUGACAGACAUUGCGUGCGAGUUAUUGAGUAAACUCUUUCAAAUCGAUACCAUCGAUGAAUUGGUCGGUCAGGCGAUUAAGACUGAACUAAUCCAUCAUCUGUUGAAACUGUUGGACUCAAAUCAAAUUCAAUACACGACUUCAACCAAAGCACAAGUCGUUCAAAUACUGAAGCAUAUGCUUAAGAGCGGUGCUUAUGGACAGCAAGUGAGCGAACUUUUAGACAAAUCAAUGGUUUGGUCCGAAUAUAGGGACCAAAAGCACGACUUAUUCAUUACGAGCUCUCAAUUCUCUGGAUAUCUAACCGGUCCGACAGUACAAACGGCCGGUUACCUGACACAGGGCUCAUCAGUGAACUCAAUGCCAUCCUCUCCGCCACCCCUUUAAAUGAAUUUCACAACUAUUUGUAAUAAUUUUUAUAAUUCUCUGAAACAAAACACUGUAUUUUACGGUCAAUUGUGGCCAAAAAACGGAACGAAUGUGUAAUAACUAUAAUUAACUAUAAUUCUCUCC